CUACUCCUGAGAGCUGAGUCAUUUACAUUAGCAAGGGAGCAAGUCUCGCCAGUUGUUCCAGAGUUUGAAAGGGUGCCCCAAAGGACAACUACAAGGGGAUGCUUUCUACGGUGGGGCCAGGAAUGCUUAUUUCGGCGCUUUAGCAGGAAUCCCACCACUACAACAGCUGUGGGCUCACGGCUGCUUCUUCACUAGAAACCCAUUUCACCACAAGGACAUUGGAUCAGGUGGAUGGAGGAGCAGUCACCGCAAUGAAAGAAGUCAAACCAGGAAUGACCCACAUUGAACCCAUGCCUCAGCCCUUCCCCAGCGUUUCCUGACACACGUUUUUGCAUCCAGUCAAUCACAACUGAAGAAUGGGCCUCACCUUGACACUUGCAAAGUUACCAGAUAAUGAAGCACACGGCCACAGCGGCAGCCACACUCUGGGCAACUUAAGCGGCAGCUGGGGGAAGAACGGCACGUCCAACGAGUUCGACACCAUCAUACUGCCCGUGCUCUACCUCGUCCUGUUCGUGGCCAGCCUCCUGCUGAAUGGCCUGGCCGUGUGGAUCUUUUUCCACAUCAGGAAUAAGACCAGCUUCAUCUUCUAUCUCAAGAACAUCGUGGUGGCCGACCUCCUCAUGACCCUGACGUUCCCGUUCCGGGUCGUCCACGACACGGGCUUUGGCCCCUGGUACUUUAAGGCCAUCCUCUGCAGGUACACGUCCGUGCUGUUCUAUGCCAACAUGUACACGUCCAUCGUGUUCCUGGGGCUCAUCAGCAUCGACCGCUACCUGAAGGUGGUCAAGCCCUUUGGGGACUCCCGCAUGUACAGCCUCACCUUCACCAAGGUGCUGUCCGUGGGGGUCUGGGUGGUCAUGGCUGCCCUGGCCUUGCCAAACAUCGUCCUGACCAACGAACAGCCCACCAAGGAGAACGUCCUUGACUGCGUGCGGCUCAAGAGUCCCCUGGGGGCCAGGUGGCACCAGGCGGUCAUCUACACCAACAGCUGCCUAUUUGUGGUGGUGCUGGUGAUUCUGAUUGGGUGCUACAUCGCCAUCUCCCGCUAUAUCCACAAGUCGAGCCGGCAGUUCAUCAGCCAGUCCAGCCGGAAGCGGAAACACAACCAGAGCAUCAGGGUGGUGGUGGCCGUGUUUUUUACCUGCUUUCUGCCCUAUCACUUGUGCCGGAUCCCCUUUACUUUCAGCCACCUGGACAGGCAUUUGGGUGAGUCUGCCCACCGAGUUCUCUACUACUGCAAAGAGGUGACGCUCUUCCUGUCAGCGUGCAACGUGUGCCUGGACCCCAUCAUCUACUUUUUCAUGUGCAAGUCGUUCUCAAGGCGGCUCUUCAAGAAGUCCAACAUCAGGACCAGGAGCGAGAGCAUCCGAUCGCUGCAGAGUGUGAGGCGAUCAGAAGUCCGCAUAUAUUAUGACUACACAGAUGUGUAGUUGUGAACGAACGGCCUUCCCAGGGCUGGUGAAAAGUUGUGUGUAUGUACAAAGUGUAAAUAAAUGUCUUUUGAUUA